AUGAAGCGCCAUCUGCUCGUCGGACGUUUCCAUGGAGAAUCACCCAUUUUGCCAAAACCUGCUUCAAUGUACGGAGCGCAUAGUGAGCUAGAGGAAGUGGAGAAACGUGGUCGAGUUCGCUCAAACCUGUGGGCUCUCGUUCAGGUAUUACGAGAAUGUGGCGGACUACUUCUACUGUCUCCGUCCCAGCUAUGGCGCUCUGGCGCUGUGCCCUCUCAGGAGUCGGCCACGCACGAGGCCGGCGGCCGACCACGCCCUUUGGAUCAGUACAAGUUGCCGUCUAUACCACAUCUGAAUCUGGAAACCAUGCCACAGUUUUGUAACUUUUCCCGUCAGCUAGAUGUCGAAGAACACUGCCGGAGUGGCUUCGAGAACUUAUUCUGCAGCACUGACGAGAGCUUGGAUGCAUUAUUCUGCUCGGGACAAAGUGAGAGUUCAGCUCGUUGCUCAGAAUGCGCUCACAAAGUGGAAUCUAACAAAUGGGUUAUCUCAUGGUGGGAUUCUCUUGGGAAGCCUGCGGCUGGAGUCAGUGACGGCAACUACUACUGGUUAGGUGACUACGAGCUGUGUUCGAAAUUACGAAGUGAUGGCAAAUUCGAUGGACGGUACUGUAGAGUGGAACUGGAGAUCCCGGAUGCGUUAGUUGAAGAGGGCUGUGCACAGACUGAUCCACUGGCGAUAGUUCUCGGGGUUUGUAUGCCAACGUCAUGUACGGACGAUCAACUUCAUCAACUGGUUCAAGAUUAUUCACCGUACAAAACACUAAUCGACUGUGAGCUGGACGUUCGCCUUUCGACUUCGGCUCUCAUCAUGUUUGCUCCACAGAGCCUUCAUGCACUUCAUGGUCUUGAAUUUAUCACAUUUAUCUGGUUGGCCACGGCAAUGGUCUAUAACUAUAUGCAACCUUACAUUGAGAACGUCGCGUUUUCAUACGAUGGCGUCUCCUCACUGGCUACUCACCCUACUAACAACUAUUCAUAUCUGAUAGAUGGCCUUUUGGCCCUUUCUGCUCUGUAUACUACUUAUUUGCUCUAUGGAGAUGUCGCUACAGUCAGUGAUAUCGUCGAUGUGAUACGCAGUCACUUAGGGGGGGGGGGGGGGGGGGGGGGGGGGGGGGGGGGGGGGGGGUUGCUCAGAUUCUGGCCAGCUUAUGCAUUCUGUGUACUAUUCAUGUGGAUUCUGUUUCCUGAAUUGUCAGCAGGUCCUCUUUGGAUACACACGGAUACGAUGGAACGGUGCUCGAACAAUUGGUGGAAAAAUCUUUUAUUUAUUAACAAUUUUUACGGUGUCAAAAGCACGUGUGUCGACUUUGGCUACGUCGUCUCUCUAGAAGCGCUCUACUUCAUUCCUUUGGUGGUUCUGAUUUAUGUGGCCAGAACUAGACUGCUACUUGCCAAGAUCAUUUGCCGUCAUAAUCAUGUCGUUGUCGAUUUCAUGGAGUUUCUAUCGCACUUUGGAUGGUGCUCUACCGCGGCGCUUCUCACACCGUCGAACCCGUACCAUCCUGAAGAGAAGAAGUUUAAUAGCAAGGCAAGGGUUGAGCAGACCGAGCGUAUGCUGAAUGAGGUGCUUGUGUCACCACUGACCAGAGCUUCACCAACCAUAGUUGGUUUUCUGUUUGGUGUAUGCAUGUGGAAUGAGGAUGGCAUGCUAUACAAAGACAUUUUUGGAAAGGCAAUUGUUCACGGUGAUGCUGUCGUUGUGGGCAGCGCUGUCAGGACUGUUCGUCAUGUUCUCGUUGAUGCCCUUCGCUACUUCUUCGGUUGGCCAUCCGGUGUUCCUGGCCUUCUACGCCGCUUUUCAUCGACCCCUUUGGGCCAUCUCUCUUCUUUCCUUCCUCUACCUCUCACAUCAUGGUUCAUUUUGAAAAGUGGGACCUACGAGAAGUUGAAGGGUCUCGGUAGGGCCUUGGAUUCUGAAGGAAAGCGGAAAUCAUCGCUAAAAAGGUGGCAAAUGCCAAAAACUUGGAUUCAUGCCAUUCUGACGUGGCGCAUUUUCUCGCCACUUUCGAAACUCACGUGGAUCGCACUCGUCUUCACGGAACCGAUUAUUCUGUACUUCUUCUCAUCGUUGUAUCGACCAUCUUACGCUACCAAUUGGAGUACGGUAAGUGUUUUGUGA